AUGACUACAGUAAAGGACGAACUUGAUAACAAAGAACCAGUUGAUGAUCACCCCACAGAAGGCAAUCUCAGCACCAUUACCCAUAAUGGAGACCAUCUCCAACGCAGACUGGGCAUCCGCCAAAUACAGCUGCUCGCGAUAGGAGGUACCAUUGGAACCGCGCUCUUUAUCAACAUCGGCAACGGGCUGAAGGACGGAGGGCCCCUCAGCCUCUUGCUCGGCUGGUCGCUCUAUUCUGGCCUCCUUGGACUAAUCAACAACGGGAUCACUGAGAUGACUGUUCUACACCCUGUGGCUGGGGGCUUUGUCCGACUAGCAGGAAAGUGGGUAGACGACGCCUUUGGCUUCAUGGCUGGUUGGAAUUUCUUCUUUUAUGAAGCCCUUGGGAUUCCAUUCGAAAUAACCGCUGUGAAUAUUGUCUUGUCGUUUUGGAGAGACGAUAUCCCCACUGCUGCUGUUUGCAGUGCCUGUAUUGUUAUAUACCUUAUUUUGAAUGUUCUUACUGUCAAGAUUUAUGGAGAGGCUGAGUUCUGGCUAUCUGGAGGUAAAGUAGCGAUGAUUGUAAUAUUGUACUCCUUCACAUUCGUCACGAUGGUCGGCGGCAAUCCCCAGCACGAUGCGUAUGGAUUCCGGUACUGGCAAGUCCCGGGGCCCAUGGCUGAGGGUAUUAGCGCUGGUACCUUUGGGCGUUUCCAGGGCUUCCUGUCUGCGCUAUGGUCCGCGUCGUUUGGGAUUGUUGGGCCGGAAUUUGUCUCCAUGGCCGCCGCCGAAGCGAAACACCCGCGUGUCUACGUCAAAAGCGCAUUCAAAACCAUCUACUGGCGAUUUUUUCUGUUCUUUAUUCUCGGUGCACUUUGUGUGGGCAUCGUGAUCCCCUACGAUGAUCCUACACUCGUUGCUAUCCUAUCGGGGGACGACGCCAAUGCUGGCACAGCAGCAGCAUCGCCAUACAUCAUUGCAAUGGGGAAUAUGGGGAUCUUGAUCCUCCCACAUAUAAUAAACGCCCUGCUAGUGACAACCGUGUUCUCUGCUGGAAAUACAUACAUGUACUGCGCCACGGCUCCGGCCUUUCUGACCAAAUGCACCAAGCAAGGGGUCCCUGUAUUCUGCGUCCUUGUUACGACUUGUUUCGCAUUUCUCUCUUUCCUCCAGUUAAACGACGGCUCCGCUGAAGCACUUACAAUCCUAACAAGUCUCAUCACGGCUGGUGGUUUGAUCAAUUAUAUCACGAUGAGCGUGACUUAUAUCUUCUUCCACCGCGCGUGUCGUGCCCAAGGGGUUGAUCGCCGGACAUUUCCUUACUACGGUCGCUUCCAGCCAUAUUGUGCCUGGGUCGGACUUUUCGGAGAAUGUCUAAUCCUUUUCUUCUACGGAUACUCAAGCUUUACGCCGUGGGACGUGUCAACGUUUUUCAGUUACUACACCAUAGCUAUCAUUGCACCGGUUCUAUUUACGAUGUGGAAGAUUGUCAAGCGUACGAAGGUUGUUAACCCUCUCGAAGCAGAUCUUGUUUGGGAAAGGCCAAUUACUGAUGCGUUUGAGGCGGCGCUGAGUUCGCGGCCUGUUGGAUUUUGGACUGAGAUGGGGAGGAUGGUCGGUUUCCAAAGGAAGACGGUCCAUACGGGGGCGGAGUAG